GCUUUGCAUGGACGUGGGAACACCAAGCAGCUUAUGACAAGUUAAAAAAUGCACUAACCAACAGUCCAGUUAUGAGUCAUUUUGAUACAUCAAAAGAAACGUCGGUAUUAGUGGAUGCAAGCCCAGUUGGCUUAUCAGCCAUAUUAACACAAAGAGAUCCUAAAACAAACGCCGAUAACGUGAUCUGCUAUGCUAGUCGGGCUCUUUCGUCAGUAGAACAACGAUAUUCGCAAACUGAAAAGGAGGCCCUUGCUAUCGUGUGGGGUAUCGAACACUUUCACAUCUACCUAUUUGGGGCAUCGUUCACCCUGAUCACUGAUCACAAACCAUUACAACUUAUCUAUAAUAAUCCUCGGUCCAGACCUCCCGCCAGGAUUGAGCGAUGGUUAUUGAGACUUCAACAAUACAAUUUUCAAGUCAUUUACAGACCAGGUGACACGAACCCUGCAGACUUCUUAUCCAGACACCCACAAUUACAGACUCCCAAACGCAACAUCGCCGAAGAAUACAUCACGUUUGUCACGACAAAUGCAGCUCAAAAUGCCAUAUCAAUUGAAGUCAUCAAAGAACAUACGACCAAAGACAUAAGUCUUCAGGCGGUAAGAACAGCGGUCGAGUCGGGUGAUUGGAGCAAUCAGUCUGUGAAACCAUUUCUUAGCAUCAAAGAUGAAAUAUCUGUGGACAACACGAAUGGCAUACUCCUACGAGGAACGCGGAUUAUCAUUCCAACAACCCUAAAAACAAGCGUUGUGAAGCUGGCCCACGAAGGCCACCAAGGAAUAGCCAAAACUAAAGCUUUGUUACGCCAAUACGCCUGGUUCCCUAAUAUGGACAAGGCCGUCAAGGAUGAAAUUGAAGCCUGUCUACCAUGUCAAAUAAAUGGAUCAACCAGCCCACCAGAACCAUUAGCAAGUCCAGAAAUGCCAGAGGGCCCUUGGCAAACCAUCCAUGCUGAUUUCUAUGGUCCGCUCCCUACUGGACAAUAUAUCAUCGUGCUGAUCGAUAAGUAUUCGCGAUACCCAGAAGCCGAAAUAAUCUCAAGUACCUCCGCCAAAGCACUGAUCCCUAAAAUAGAUGCUAUUUUUGCACGGCAUGGAAUCCCAUUAAAGUUCAAAUCUGACAACGGUCCACCGUUCAACAGUAAGGAAUUCUCCAAAUAUCUACAUAAACUUGGGGUGAAGCACGAGACAUCAAUCCCUGAGUGGCCGCAAGGAAACUCAGAGGCCGAAGCAUUCAUGAAGCCUUUAGCUAAAGCGAUCAAAACAGCCCGUGCGGAACAUCGCAAUUGGACACAAGAACUUUCGAGAUUCUUACUCAGCUAUCGCACUACGCCUCAUUGUUCAACCAAUGUCCCACCAGCUCAACUACUAUUUAACCGACCAUUGAGAGGUAUCCUACCAAUGCUAAACCCCAAGGACAAAGUGCUAAAUAGACAUAAAGAGGCGCAGGCGAAUGAUUUUGAAGCGAAAUCGAAAGGAAGAGAAGUGGCAAACAAAAAAAGAAGAACUAAAGAAUCAGAUAUCAGGGUGGGAGACAAAGUCCUCUUAAAACAAAGGAAGAAAGAUAAGUUCACAACAAAAUUCGAGCCAACACCAUACACAGUGAUUUAUCGUAGAGGAGCUAAAGUAGUCGCUGAGAACCAUAACCAUCAAAUAACCAGAAACACAUCGUUCUUUAAAAAGAUAAGAGACAAGUCGAGAGAAUCAACUGAUGAAGAUGAAUACAACAUCCACGAACAGCCGUACGUACCAGAAUGUGAAGAACCAGAACACAUCAUAGAACCAGAACCAGAAGAGCCAGCUCCAAGGAGAUCAACUCGACAAAGAAAAAUAACAGAACAAUAUGGGAACCCAAUAAACCCUGACUUUGUUAUCCGUUAAGUUGAGGAGGGAUGUAGUGUUGUAGACACGCCCCUUAAAAGUGAAUGACGUAUAUGUAUAUAUAGGAAUGAGAAAUGUUGUUUACGAACAGAUAGUCGAGAGCACAAUAGAUAGAUAAUAAAGGAGUAAGAUAAAUUCUAAACAUUACAAAAACGUCAUCAACGUAAGUUCAACAACUUUAGUUCAAUACAACUGUAUUGAACUUAAAUCGAAUACAUGGUGUUCGUGUUAUCCUGGUUCGUGGCCACUUUUUUUUCUUAUCACAAAUGACGUCAUACCCGUGUAUCUAU